AUGUAUGUGCUAUCAACCGAUGCUGACGAUAUGCCAACCAUUGACGACAACAAACUGUUGAUAUUUGCGUACAUAUUUCUCAAUAUACCCACACAUAUACACCCACGCACCCAGUCAUUCACACACGUAAACAAACGUGCACAUACACCACCACACAGAGAUACAGACGAAGAACAUGAAGAUGCAAGCCUAAAAGACUCCGCACACACACACACACACACACACACACAAACACACACUCACUCACACACACAAUCAAACUAA